AUUCAGACAACAUCACCAACAGCUUGGUGUGUGUGUGUGUAUGGGAGCGAACCAGAGGGAGAGAGCGAGCGCACGAGAGGGAGCAAGCAAGCAAGCAAGGGGAAGGCUCUAUAUUCUUUCACCCACCCCCCCAUCAAACUACAGAGAGGAGGGGCCAGACCCCAGCUGCCAAUCAAAUUCACUCGUGGCAGCCGGCAUUAUCUCAGCAACAAACUAUUGACAGAUUACAUGUCAAGGAGUUUAGUGCAUGAUUGAAGGAAGCCUUUUUAUCUAGUUACUUUUCCGCUCUGCUUCCCCCUUCACCAACCAACCAUUCUAAUGAUUUUCUAACAGAGUUUAGUAAUAUUAUGAAAGUUACAUGUCUGAGAGGAUUUAACUUCGACUUCCCUGAAUAUGAGAGGACAGCAAGUCCGUUCCAGUUAGGACCGGGACCAUCUUCCCCUGUCUGGCUUUUCUGAAAGGACUUUAUGCACUGAAAAGACCUCAGGAAAAUCCAACAUGGCCGGCAAAAGGAAAGGUGGCCUAAAACUCAACGCAAUCUGUGCCAAGCUGAGCCGUCAGGUGGUGUACGACGGCAGCUCCCAGCAUGCUGAGGGAGACCACAGCGUGGCGGAGAACAGCGAGCGCGGGAGCUCCCAUUAUGAUGACAGCGGCGAGCGAUUCGAGACCAACUUCCCCGAGGGCCUGAGUCUCGGCCAGAGCCUCGAUGAGGACCAGAAACGGCGCAAGGCCAUUGAGAAGUGGGUCAACGGGGAGUAUGGGGAUGAACCACCACCCUCUGCCCUGGACUGUGGGGAGGAACAGCAGCAGCAACAGCAGGGACUCAAGCCCAACAAUGGCGAGGACGGACCCCCCGAGGGUGUGUACAUGGUACAGCCCAAGGGCUGUAGUGACGAGGAGGACAACGCGCCUGAUGAGCCCGAACCCAUGUUCGACUCUCGGGACGGCAGUUACCACGACGACAAGGACUCGGAAGACGGGCCUCAAAAGGACGCCUACAUGCCGUUGAUAAGUGAGCCCCCGAGUCGCCAAACAUCUUUCUCCUCUCCAGGAGAGGCGUCCACUCUGCGAGACUACGCAGCCAACACAAUGAACGAGUUCCUGGGCAUGUUUGGCUACGACGACCAGCAGGUGAGGGACGAGCUGGCCAAGAAGAUCAGCUUUGAGAAGCUCAAAGCCGCUACCUCAGGCUCCGACCCAUCCUCCCUGAACAGCGAGGAGGCCACGCGGCGAGCCCGCUUUUCCAAGUAUGAGGAGUACAUCCGCAAGCUAAAGGCUGGCGAGACCCUGCCCUGGCCCAUCCACACCAACCCCAAACAAGAGGACCUCAACUCCAAGCUGGCCCAGGAGAAGAAUGCCCUGCUCCAGGCCCAGAUGGCCGCCUCUGGGGGGUGCCAUUCCGGGGCUGAGGGCCAGAUUUAUCACUCCAGCCUGGACCACAAGCAGGGGCAUGGGCAGGGGCACAACCUUGGACACAAUCCCCCACCAACCAACCCCACCUCCCACCUCCAGAACAUGGCCUCCCGAGCCUCCAAGUAUGACUUCUUCAUCCAGAAGCUGAAGAUGGGUGAAAGCCUGCGGAGCCAGCAGAAUGGCAAUGCUUACAAGAAGCCAUCCAAGUACGACCUGGAGAAUGUUCGGUACCUGCACCUCUUCAAGCCCGGCGACGGGAACACUGACAUGGGGGGCGCCAUCGCCUAUAAAACGGGGAAGGUGGGCCGCCCGUCCAAGUAUGAUAUCAAGAACAUCCAGAAGCUGAUGCCGGGGAGGCCCGAGUCCUCGCUGAUGCCCAGCAUUCUGCCUGCCACACCUGGGAACCCGGGGACACCCGUGGCUGCCACCUCGGCCUCCUCCGCUGGGGCCACGGGCCCCCCAGGACUCAUCAUGGAUCAGACAGGCCACUUGGGCUUCAACACCUCCGACUACAUGAAGUCCAGCUUCUCCAAGACCGACUCCAUCACCACGGGCACUGUGUCCUCUGUCAAGAACGGUUUACCACCUGAGAAACCUGUCACAGAGGACGUCAACCUGUACCAGAAAUAUAUCGCCAGAAGCCGUCAAACCUUCCCGAAGCCCCUACCACCACCACCACCACCACCAUACCCUGAGCCCCCCACCACACCACCAACUUUUAAAAGGUUCUCGGGGAGCCAGCACUGCGGACAUGUGCAUUGUGCCUACCAAUACAGGGAGCAUUACCACUGCAUGGACACGGAGUGCAACUACCAGAGGUUCACCAGCAAACAAGACGUGAUCAGGCACUACAAUAUGCACAAGAAGAGGGACAACUCCCUGCAGCAUGGCUUCAUGCGCUUCAGCCCACUGGACGACUGUAGCGUCUACUACCAUGGCUGCCACCUCAACGGGAAGAGCACCCACUACCACUGCAUGCAGGUGGGCUGCAACAAGGUAUACACCAGCACCUCCGAUGUCAUGACUCACGAGAACUUCCAUAAGAAGAACGCCCAGCUGAUCAACGAUGGCUUUCAGAGGUUCCGCGCCACUGAGGAUUGUGGGACGGUGGAGUGCCAAUUCUACGGGCAGAAGACCACCCACUUCCACUGCAGGCGCCCGGGGUGCACCUUCACCUUCAAGAACAAGUGCGACAUUGAGAAGCACAAGAGCUACCACAUCAAGGAUGACGCAUAUGCCAAGGAUGGCUUCAAGAAGUUCUACAAGUAUGAGGAGUGCAAAUACGAGGGCUGUGUCUACAGCAAGGCCACCAACCACUUCCACUGCAUCCGCUCAAGCUGCGGCUUCACCUUCACCUCCACCAGCCAGAUGACCUCCCACAAGCGCAAGCACGAGCGCCGCCACAUCCGCUCCUCAGGCGUGAUGGCCCUCUCCUCUGGCGGCUCCUUCCUGAUGCCCAAGGAGGAACCCGGAGACGAGUCGAGCAACGACGACCUCAUGGACUUCUCGGCCAUCAGCAGCAAGAACUCCAGUCUGAGCGCCUCGCCCACCACCCAGCAGUCGUCCAACGGUCCCGGCGCCCACUUGCUUGCCACACCCACCACGGUGAUGUCGUCCUCCGGCGGUGGCCACAGCGGCCUCAAGCCCACCUCUUCGCUGCCGCACUCGGCACGCAUGUCAAGCCUGCUAUCCCAGGCGCUGCCCAGCAACAUGCCUGUGGCACUGGCGCUGUCCAACAGUGCCCUCGCCAGCGUCAACAAUCCCUUCUUCCCGCUCAUGCCCCGGCUGCCCAUGCAGCUGCCCCAUUCGGCCGCCAGCCUGAUCUCGGCCGUGUCGUCUGGCGCCCACUCCAUGCCCACCGACUCACUGUCCCAGGGCGGCUGCUCCUCGGCGGGCAGCGAUGGCGCCAUGGCAUCCACGCCGACCUCCUACGCCUCAGCCUCUUCCAUCAUGGAGAAGAUCUCUGCUAGCAAGGGCCUCAUAUCCCCGAUGAUGGCCAGGCUGGCAGCAGCUGCCCUCAAGCCCUCUGGCAACCACCAUGACACAGGGAAUGGGCUGGCUGGUUCUUCAGCGAGUCUGUUCAAUCUGGUUCAAGUGAAGCAGGAGCCAGUCGACCAUACCUCCGGGGCCUCCCAGGACUCCAUCCAAGAGCACAGCCUGGACCUGAGCAAAAAAGACCACAGUAAUGAAUCAAACGGACACCCUGUACCGGGAAAUACAUCUCUUUUAUCCUCGCUUAUGAAUAAGAUGAAUGCCGGCUUCUUCAGUGCCCUGAACCUGAAGACGGAGAUGGAGAUCGGCCAAGGGGCCGACACCUCAGAGGCAGCACAGUACCUGAGCCGCAUCAUGAAGAGGCCCAUGCCAGACAAACCAAGCGAGCUCUGGAGGACAUAUCUGCGCAGGUUUGACACGGAGGACUUCUGCGAGGCUCAGUGUGACUUCCUGCAGAAGGUCCACUUCCAUUGUGUAGUGGAGGACUGCGGGGCGCUCUUCAGCACGAUGGACGGAGCCAUUAAACACGCCAACUUCCACCUACGAGCCACGCUGAAGGUGAAAUCAGAGCCUCACUUCAACAAAGUCAAGGACUGCGGCGACGGAGCAUCCCACCAGUCCACCGCCCCUGUUUCCAUGGCUAACAACCCCGCCAUGGACGUGGCCAACAUGUCAUCAUCGUCAGGCGGCGGCUAUGGCUCCUCCCCCUCACUGCUGGCAUGGAAGCAGCUGACGGGCAGCAUCCCACAGCUCAAUGCCUCCAUGCCUCACCUGCCUGCCAAUUCGCCGCUGGCCACCACCUCUCUGGAGAACGCCAAGCCACAGGUCAAACCGGGCUUCCUGCAGUUCCAGGACAAUUCAUACAGUGACCCUUGCCUGGCCACUGACUGUAAGUACUCCAACAAGGUCCACUUCCACUGUCUCUUCGGGAACUGCAAGUACGUCUGCAAGACCUCGGGGAAGGCCGAAUCCCACUGCUUGGACCACAUCAACCCUAACAACCACCUGGUCAACGUUCGAGACCAGUUCUCCUACUUCUCCCUCCAGUGUCUAUGUCCCAACCAGCACUGUGAGUUCAGAAUGAGGGGCCAUUACCACUGUCUGCGAUCCGGCUGCUACUUUGUCACCAACAUCACCACCAAGCUUCCCUGGCAUGUCAAGAAGCAUGAGAAGGCAGAGAGACGCGCCGCCAAUGGCUUCAAAUACUUCACCAAGAGAGAGGAGUGUGGCAGGCUAGGCUGCAAGUACAACCAGGUGAACAGUCACUUCCACUGCAUCCGCGAGAGCUGCCAGUUCUCCUUCCUGCUCAAGCACCAGAUGACCUCGCACUCCCGCAAACACAUGAGGAGAAUGCUGGGAAAGAACUUUGACAGGGUUCCAUCCCAGUUGGUGUCUCAUGGCCAGAGGGCCGAUGACAUGCAGCACUUGUCGGGCAUGGGCUCAGGCCUCAUGGGCAGCCACCCGGGGAUGACCCAUGGGUUCUCCAGCAUGAUGGACGAGACGGAUGACUACAUGGACUACAUGGGCGGGGGCAGCCCCCUGUGCCUUUCCUCUGAGUCCUCCAAUCAGGACCGCAGUUGCAGCAGCACCCCCGUGGGCAAUGAAAGCUCCCCAGCAGGACCAGGCUGCCCGGUCACUACUGCUCCCUCUACCCCCGCUGACACUAGCACUCCCCAAAACGCACCUCCUCCACCACCUCCUCCUCAGCCUGGACUUCAGUCUCAGGCUCCAUCUUUCCCUCCUGCCCUCCUCCGACCUCCUCUUCCCUCGCUCCCAUAUCUCGUCUCUCCAUCCUGUCUGUCAUACUCUCUGCUCAGCGCCUCUCUCGGAGCCACUCGGAGUGUUGUCAUGCCAACCAACACACCAGCUUUCAGCCCCAUCAUUGCCACUCCGUCUCCGGUUAAAAAUGACGUCCCUAUAGUGCAGGAUGCUGCAGGCAACACCAUCUCCAUCCCUACGGCCACCGGCGCCAAGAAACGCUUCUGGAUCAUCGAGGACAUGUCCCCCUUCGGCAAGCGGCGUAAGACGGCUUCUGCUCGCAAAAUGCUGGACGAGGGCAUGAUGCUAGAGGGCUUCCGCCGUUAUGAUCUGUACGAGGACUGCAAGGACUCCGGCUGCCAGUUCUCUCUGAAGGUGACCCACUACCACUGCACCCGCGAGAACUGCGGCUAUAAGUUCUGCGGCCGCACACACAUGUACAAGCAUGCGCAGCACCACGACCGCGUGGACAACCUGGUCCUGGACGACUUCAAGCGUUUCAAGUCAUCGCUCAGCUGCAACUUCUCCGACUGCCAGUUCUCCGGCAACAGCACCCACUUCCACUGCCUGCGCUGCAGCUUCCGUUGCACGGACAGCACCAAGGUGACUGCCCACCGCAAACACCAUGGCAAGCAAGAUGUGAUCAGCGCCGCUGGCUUCUGCCAGUUUAGCUCCAGCGCUGACUGCGAGGUUGCCGACUGCAAAUACAAGCUCAAGUGCUCACACUUUCACUGCACCUACCCCGAGUGCAAGCACACUGUAGUCGGUAUGUCCCAGAUGGACUCCCACAAGCGCAAGCAUGAGAAGCAGGAGCGCGGCGAGCUGCCGUCGGUGUCUCCCCGUCAGGAGGGGGCGCACCACAUGACUGGAGGAGUGUCCGCGGUGCCCCACGCCUCCAUGGGCCUUCUUCCAGCCUCGCCUGGUGGCCUCCCAGGACUCUCCCACCACCACCAUCAUCACCAUAACAACAACAACCAUGCCCCCUCCAUGCUCUACCCCCCAGCCAGCGUGGCAUCUGACUACAACCACCCCUAUCCAAACUCCUUGGUCAGUCUGGACAGCUCCCUCAACCUGGGCACCGACACCAGCAGCUCCCUGUUCUUCCUGAAGAACGCCGCUGGCCUGGGCCUCAAUGACUCGUUGGACCUGAGCAAAAAGAUGCAGCAUCACCAUGACCCGAGCCUGACCAUGGCUGCUGGGCCCAACCCCAUGCCACCGCUGGGCUUGCCCGCUCCUCAGGAUGACACCACGGGAACAUCGGGCGACCCCGAAGAUGACCAGUCACCCGAGGAAGAGGCCAAUGCAGAGGAAGAUGAGGAGGAUGAGGAUGAGGCGGAGGAGGAUCUGAACACUGACUCGUACGAAGAUUCGAUGCCACAGCCCGACGGCGACAACAAGGACAAUGACGAGAGUUUUGACGCUUCUUUAAACCACACUGACACUUCCCAACUGGAAAAGCAAGAGGCCGACCCAUGAAAGAUACUCUGACACUGAAGAAGAAGUAUCCUGUAUACUAUGAACAAACAAAUUAAAGUGGCCUCAUUUAUCAAGGUUAGAGACACUGCAGAUGACAACAAGAAGACAAAACAACAACAACAACAACAAGAAAUUAUGGCCCAAAAUGAUUUAUGAUGAUGUUUACAAGAUGACCAACAAUAGAAAUUAAAUUAUGCAUAAAAAAAUGAACAGAGAAACAAACAAAUUAGGCCCUGUUUUACACGUGGGGCAGCAAUGUAAACAUUUUACUACACAGCAGUCUUUUUGUGUGCGUGCAUGUUUGACUUUUAAUUUAUUUUACUUUUAUUUUUAACCUUUUUUGUGCGUGGAAAAAAACGAUAAGAAAAAAAAAUCUCUAUAUAACUAUAUACGUAAGUGUGUGUGAACUUUUCUAUACAAAGGAAAUGACUGGUGCAGUCUUUACAUGAGCUGCAGGACCCUUGUUAACAAUGAAAGGGAAAGACAUCACUGUUAAAUUACAUUAAGGAAAAGUUCUAAAGCAGAAUGUGUUUGAACAUUUGAUCCUAUUUCUGUAUUAAUAUUAUUAUUAUUACUAUUAUUAUUAUAAUUAUUACUACAUUAAGUGCAGGGGUCUGCAUUAGUGUUUUGGCUUGUACCCUUCUCUCUUCAUCCUUUGCAAGGUUCUUUUACGUUCUCAAUGUACAUUUUCAAAUAGAAGUGACCAGUGACUGUGUCCUCAGUCUCAACUGCAGAUGGGCAUAGAUCUCUGAGCGAGCAUUGCUCUGUGUAUGCAGCUACCUGGGAAAUUAUGUUAAAUUCUCACCAAAAUCAAGCUUGUGGACUUGCAAUUGUAACCCUUACCCCCUGCCGAGGAACCUAUUAAGUUUGCAUUUGGAUAGUGCACUUUUAUAUAAACGAUGAUAGAUAUUCAAACAUAUUUUUGUUACCAUAUGCAUCAUUGCAUUACGAUUGCGUUAUACUUGCAUAGUAAAAUCAGACGGCUCGGAAUAUUGAUUUAGAACUAGGCGAGGAACCAUCAUGACUAACUAGCUGGGGGUCUGAAUGAACUGACCAGAGGAAAAGAUGAGUCACUCAGAUGCAAUGAGGAAUGACAGAGGUAGCGUCAGGGAGUGUUUGUUUGAAAUGUACAGACAGAAAGCAAAAUGUGUCAAUGUUGGACAUUUUGUUUUCCAUUCACUAUGGCUGUGGUUUAGCGCCUAUUGUAACGGUUUUAUUUAAUAUUUAUGUGACCUUGCAAUGAGACAUUUUUAGGGUGUUCUAGCACUUUUUUAGAUUUAUCUUCAGAAAAAAUAUGGCAUGCAUCUUUUAACAGGGAAUUUGCUUUAAGAUGUCGUUUUAGUUCACUUUGCUUUGAUGCACAAAUAGUUGUUAAGUGUGACAAAGAACUGUUGUUCUGUGUUUUAUUUAAAGUAAGGACUGAUUUGAUUUGCUUCUGUGAUUGGAGGAUUUAAAUAUGAAAUGGGCAUGCCCGAGUUAUGGUGGCCUAAUAACGACACUAAUAAGAAGAACUGUGAUUUCAAUUAAUUAUUAAAAACAUGACAAUGCUCAGAUACUGUAGUACUAAAUUAUCACACAAAACACGUUAGUCUAACCUAUCUUCAGGUUUACUGGGGGGUGAAAAUUGUUAUGAUGAAUUAUUUCUUGAAUAUGGCUUUGGAAAAAAAUAAUCAUAAUAUAGGGAAUUAUGUGUGUAGAUUGUUAUCCACAAAAUAUUGUUUAGAGAAGAAAAAAGGUUGUACAGUAUUUUCUUCUGUAAAAAGACUAUAUAUGAACAAAAUGCUCUUUGAUGAACAGCUUCCUUUAAAAAGAAAACAAUUAAAGGAGAAAUGAAUAAUAAAAAGUCAAACAUUGAAAUAACCCCACUAUAGUUUGCUUGUGUGUGUGUGACCUUUUUUUAAAUAUAAUUUUUCUCCCCCCCUUAGAUUUCUAGAGGAAGUCAGUAAACAUUGUUAGGACCCUUGCCACACUGUAGCACUGAAGGCAGUAAGGGGAUUCCGUUUUUUACCUUGACAUUUUCAAAGCUAAUACAAAAAAAGAACACUGAUUUAGACCUACUAAUGGAUGUUUCUGGUUUAUUUAACACUUUGUUUUAUUCAUUUUUCUGUUUGUCAUUUUUGUGUGUGCUUGUAGUUUUUCCUUAAUUUGAUAUUUUCUUUGACAUUUUACUUUGCUGUGGGCAUACGUGCCUCUCUCACGGACUCAAAUGCAAGGCAGUGCAUCACUUUUUAUUUAUUUUAGUUUUUCUGACAACAUUUUGGGAAUAGCUAUUGGGCUGGAAGAUAUUGUGCACUUGAAUACAGUUUAUGUGUGUGCCUGUGUGUGUGUACAAUAGCAGGAUUUGUAAAAAGUUGAAAAUAAAGAAACCAUAAUUAUUAUAACGAUA